AUGAAGAAGGAGGAGGUGCAAGCAGCUGAUUUGAGGGUGCGAGAAGAAAUUAUCCGACCGUUACCCAUUACAAAUGUUCAAAGAAUCAUGCGUCGAAUGAUUCCAAAACAUGGAAAGAUAAGCGAUGAAAGCAAGGAAUGUAUGGUUGAAUGUGUUUCUGAAUUCAUUAGCUUCAUUACUACUGAAGCUAAUUAUCACUGUAAAUUGGAUCAUAGAACCACAAUUACUGCUGAAGAUUUGAUCAAUACUAUGAGAAGAUUGGGUUUUGAUUUUUAUGUUGAGGAUUCUACGCGCUACAUUCAACGCUAUCGUCACAUUGAAUGUGGUGCUAGUGUGGGUCCAUAUGUUGAACAAACAUGUGGACCCACACACAAAAAUAUAGCACCACCGUCGGUGCUAGAGACUUUUCAAGAUCAUGACUUACCAAUGGAUCCAAUUGUGUUUCCAGACCCAAGAGAAUUAUUGGGUGCAAUUGUUGGAGAUGAAGAAUUUUGUGGUAGUGACAACUCAAGUGAUGGAAGCUUUGAUCUUGAUGCUUUUCUUAAUAGUGAUGACUGA